UAUCCUGGACCAGCAGGAAGUAUGGCGUGGAAAUCUCGAAUAAUAGACAUUUCCUAUCCUCUUCAAUCGUUACUAGCAGUUUUUGUACUUUGGAAAGGUCUGUUAUUAUUCCUUAUUGUCUUGACGCCUGGGCCCGGGUAUGACACCUCGACCACAUUGAUCCGAUGGAACGGCGAUGCGACCAAAGCAACGUUGCCAGCCAUGCUGAAAACGAUUUCCAUCAAAUUCACGCGAUGGGAUUCGAUAUAUUACAUCAUAUCCGCCAAUCGAGGCUAUGUCUUCGAGCAAGAAUGGGCCUUCGGUUACGGAUUCACACGCCUGAUACAUGUCUUGGCAAAUGGCCUUCAAAGAACCACUAUUCUUGACUAUACUUUCAACGAGAGUAUCGUCGGCAUUUUGCUAUCCCAUGGUGCUCAUGGACUAUCUACGAUUUCUCUCUAUUAUCUCAUAUGUGCCCUUCUCCCAAGGGCGCAGGGCCGCAGGGUCGCUCUCCUCGCAGCAUGCUUGCACAUCCUGUCCCCUGGAGGUGCUUUCUUGUCCGCUCCAUGUGCGGAGAGUAUAUAUGCUCUCUUGAGCUUUUGCGGCUCCCUUGCAUUUGUGCAGAGCUUCUCACUAGACACGUCCCCUGGUUCUCUCCACGAUAUCUUUCUAGUAGUAGCAGGAGUCCUGUACGGACUAGCCACAACAUGUCGCAGUAACGGCCUGCUGAAUGGUAUCCCACUCUUUGAAGAAGCGGUCCGGCUACUUCUUUUGCUGCCUAGCGGCAUCUCUUAUGUCAAAUUGAGGCGCUUACUUGCUGUUGGACUGGCUGGUCUCUGCACGGGUCUUGGCUUCGUUCUCCCGCAGUACAUCGCCUAUCAGGAGUUUUGCAUCGUAUCUGACGAUCAUGAACCGAGGGUUUGGUGUCGGAGAAUGAUCCCGAGUAUCUAUAGCUUUGUGCAGGAUCACUACUGGGAUAAUGGAUUCUUGCGAUACUGGACACUAUCCAACAUCCCUCUUUUUGUCCUCGCUGCCCCCAUGCUCACCAUCUUAGUGGCCUCUGGACGGCAGGCUGUAACAAAGGAAUUGAGAGAGCUGGCGACAUCAAGGGUCUCGGCUGAGAUGCAAGACACACGGCAAGCUCAAUUGACGGACCGACUGCUGCGAAGCCUGGCGGUCCCGCAGGUGGUCCUCGCGGUGCUUAUUUUCCUCAAGCACCAUGUACAGAUUGUCACACGCGUGUCCUCGGGGUAUCCGAUCUGGUAUAUAUGGGUAGCCUGUCUGCUGCUGCAGACGCACUCUGAAAAGGAAGGGAGGAGGGAUUGGAAAGGUAAAAUCAUCGUGAAAUAUAUGGUUGGAUAUGCUAUGAUCCAGGGUGUGCUUUUUGCCUCUUUCUUGCCCCCUGCUUGAGAAUAUCCAUUUCAUGUCAGUAACCUUCAUGGGCGUAUGACCCUGCAAAGCUUCCAGUAAGCUUGAUCAACAUUUCCCUUGAAUUGUUGAUAUCUAUAUCAUGGGCAACUAUCUUGUCAUCUUGUAGGUGAUGACUUUUGAGUCAG